AGUGUGAUAGUGUAAUUCGCGUCUAUUUCGGGUAAAGUGUAAAUUUACAUUUCCGACGGUGGAAAAAAUGACUACCCUUCGGUCGGUGUAAAUUAGCAUAGCCUCUAAAUUUGCCACUAGUUUGUAAUUUUUUCAAUUAAUUAUACGAUUUCUAUUUCCUUGUUUCUCGAAAACUUUUGUCCCAUAUUAAUUGUCGUUUAAGCCUUUACAAUUAAUCCAUUGUAAUAGUUUUAAUAUAUAUUUAUCAAAAGGAAAGUAUUAUAAUUUUCAAUAUUUCUUUGUUGAACCAAGCAACCGUUAAAGGCCUUCACAAUAUUUACUUAUCUUAAAUAAUUUUAAAUUUUAUAAACAUUAUUUACUAGAAAGGUUUUCUAAGUAUUAUAAAUAUAAAUUAUAAUAAAUUUCACACUUUGAAAUUAGACCAUGUCUAUACGGCCAGUCAACUGGCAGAAUAAGGUGGUUUAAUUAUUUGCCCAGUGACUAGAAAUAAGGGAAAAACUGGCAGAAUAAGAUGAUUAAAUAAUUCUGCCAGUGCACUGGCAAAAUAAGAUGGUUUUACUAUUUGGCCAUUGUAUUAAUAAAGCGCCCAUCAGAUGUAUGGAUUAUAUAUUACUAACAUUCCAAUAAAAUUGGAAAUAUUAAAAAUCAAUAAUGAUUGAAGAAAAUUAUGCUGGGAUGUAUGAAAGAAAAGCAUGAAGAAUUGUCAAUGCAUGGAUGAUCAUAAUUAUAAAAAGCAACAUGCAUCGAAUAAUUCAGACGAUAGUGCAGAAAAAAUUAAGACAUCUAUAAUUUCAGAUGUUCCAAAGAUUUCUGAAAAUGAGGCAGGAUGGAAUAAAAAUCUAAAUAAAUUAAGUACGGAAAAUUCAGUGGAUUCUCGAGAUGAAACAGUUAAAGGAGAAAAUUUUAAAACUUGUUUAGAUUACAAUCUUGUAAAACCAUAUCCAUUUAGUUUCAUAACAGCAGUGAAAAGAAAAUUUGCUUUGAAUGAGCAAAGUGACAUUUGUAAAAAGAUUCGUGAACUGGAAGAGAAUAAAGAAAAGAUAAUUUCCAAUGAGUUUAAUGAAAUUACAACUAAAAGACAAACUAAUUGUCCAUCGAAAGAAAAAAUGGAUUUUAUAAAACCACUAAAAGUACCGGAUUUAAAAAUUUCACCAAAAACCAUUGAUUAUCCUACGAGAGAAAGUUCCUCUAUAAGUGAAGUUUCUGCUGUAAAAAAGUUUAACAUGAUUUCGAAAGAUAACGUACAAAAGGAAGUUAAAUUAUCAAAAUCUUCUGAUCGAGUUCAACGCAAGUUAGAUUUCUCUUCUUCGGAUACAUCUAUUUUACAGAAUGAUGGCCACGAUAAUGACGAUGAUGAUAAUGAAAGGAUAAAUCCAUCGGACGUGUCAGUUUUGUCAAGUUUAAUAAAGAAAAAAGAUCAUCCCAGAGACAAUUCCAGAGAUAAAGAAAAUAGAUCCAAAAGAAUCAAAAAGGAUGAUUCGAGUUCAACAAAAACUGACAGUUUUUCACAAGAUGUAUCGAAAAGAUUGAAAAAUACAAAGUGUAUUUCAAAAAGAGACACUCCUGAAUUGGUUUUCAAAAAAAUUGGCACCGAACGUUUUCUUUGUCACACACCCAAAGUUAGUGAUUUUGGACUGAAAAAAUCGAGAAAUAAACACUUUGCAACUUCAACAUUGAAAAAAGACGAAGACAAAAAAUACCGCUGCUCAAAUAUUCAGUAUUCUAAAUCAUUAAAGGAUAAGUCAUUAAAAUUAAAAGGUAAAUUUAUCAAUAGUGAGUCAAUAAAUUUAUCCGAGAGAAGUUCAAGAUUUCAAGAUAGAGUUUCAACAAAAGAAUCCUAUAGCGACACAUUUACAGAGUCCGAUGAUUGGAAAAGCAGAGACGAAAACAAUUUACCAAUUUCUUCAAGAAUCGAAGAGGAAGAGAACAAAUCAAUUCCAGAUAGUAGACAUUCCAAACAAUCAAGACCCUCAAACUAUAAUCACAAUCGAGAACUUGAAGUUAUAUCUAAGGAACAAAUAAUGAGAAUUCCCAGUAAACAUAAAUACAGCAAUAGUAAAAUUGAUUCAGUUUAUAGUCUUUCAACUUCAGAUAUAUUAGAGGAGGCGGAGACUGCUUCUGAUUCUAAUAUCAGUUAUUCGAAACAUCAAACCGAAAGUGAACCUUGUGAGACAUUUUCUCAAGCGUCAAAAGUUAAGGAAAUUAAGGUACCAUUGCAGAAUUUAAUUCAUCAAUCGAGUGAACAAAAUAUUUCUAGAAUUGCGGAGAAGGAAUUUUUUAUUCCCCAGAUUAGUGCAAAAAGUGACAAUUCAUCACUUAACAAUACGACCAAUGAGGAAAUGAACACUGAAUCACAAAUUUCAGUUGACACAUCUUUGUCUGAAAGGCUUCUUGAUCCUAGAAGAAUAUCAUUUAGGGAUAACAGUUAUUCGCAGCAAAAUGAAUUUUCGGAUUUGGUUACUCCGGACAUGAAUUUAAUGCUUCGGUCAAAAAGAAGACGACAAUUUCCACAAAGUAGUCACAAGGAGUCACCACACAAAAAUGUUAAAAAUAAACAGACGAUUGUAAUGGAAACUGAAGAAAAAAACAGUCAAUCGUUGCACCCUGCAGUUUUGAAAAUAAAGCAUCAAGCGGAAGAAAGACAACUUAAUACAAUUGAAUCUAUGCGUCAAGCUGCUUACGAAAGUAAUCUUUAUAAUUCGAGUUGUGAAGAAGGAAUGCAGAGUGAAGAAACAGUGAAUAAUGAGAUUAGAAAGCAAUUAGUUGCAUUACGAAGUGAAGCAAAUGAAGAAAUAAAUAAAGAGGAAAUUCGUUCCAUUAAUAAAGCUCUUCACAAUGCAGAUAAUUGCUUUGUAAAUAAAAUAACAACAAAAGGGUCCACAGUGUUGAAGAAAAGUUUAGAGGAAAAUUUAACAAAAAAUUUGUCUGACAAGAUUGAUAGUAAUUAUGUUGAUAAUAAUCUUAAGUUAAUUGUUAAAAUGGCCGAAGUUCAAACUCAAACGGCAAAUGAUAUUGCUACACAAACAGAUAUUAAUUUCUAUCAAUCGAGAAUGCUUAAGAAACUCGAAGAACUUUCUGGCAUUACUUAUGAAAGAGGAGUUGUUAGUGCAAGGGAUAUUCCAGAAUUUUCCCUAGAAUCUUUAGAUAGAGAUAAAGAUUUUGGUCAACUAGAUGAUAUUUCAUUAGCGAGUAGAAUGAAAACAAUGUCUGAAAUAAGUUUACACGAAACUACAUCGUCUAUAAAGACUGAAAGCGGUACAGAAAUAAGUAUAUCAACUAGAGAUGUAACUUGCUCAUUUAAUAAAGACUUAGCGCUUGAAAUGGCUCAACUUGUACAGGACGAAAAGCAAAGAUAUGAUAAAAUUCAAAUGCUGUUCAAAUCGCAUGAAAAAACGCUUAAUGAUCGAACGAAAAAAAUAGUAAAACUAGAAGAGCAGAAGCGUCAAUUGAGAGAUACUGGUCAAGAUAGUCGGAUAAGCUCCAUUAAAAAGAAACAGCGCGCUUUGCUGUUGAAGCUUCAACAGGAGAAAGACGAAAUGAAUAGGUUAAAGGAACUUCACAAAAUAGCGAGCCAGGAACGAAAACUUAUGUUACAAAAACAUAAAGAUAUGUUUAAUCCUGAAAUGUCGACGAAAAAUAUUUUAACUAAACUCAAGAGAAGUGCAGACUGUCAAUCCCCACGACGUUUAUCAGGUCCAAUGAAGGGUUACGAUAUUCGUAGUAAUAGUUCCAUGAGCUCAUUAGUUGAUUCAGAUAAAUCGCAAUUAGACAGAUCUCAACUGGACAUGAAGCUCAAGACAUGCGAUACUAAUUUUCAAAAAAGUAAUAAACAGUUUUUAAAAGUGAAUGUUGAUGGCGUUACGACUGAGUUUCAUAAAUGGAAUAGCGAUAAUUUGGAGACUAUUAAUGUUAAGAAUGGCGAAACUGUAUCCAACAUUUGUAAACCAUAUAUUGUAAAGCCUGUUAAAAAUGCCAAAUAUGAUAUUAAAUCUCGCAAAUUUGAAGAGAAAAUGCCCGGAGGCGAUGUUUUACGUCAAAUUGAAUUGCACUCGAAAUUAAAACGCGAUUAUCUUUGUGAACUGCCUGAAUCGAGUAAAGAAAGUGAGAAUCUUUGUUCGCCAAAAUCUAGUGAGAAGAUACCUGAUUCUGAUACAGAUUCGAGAAAAUCGAAAAAUAUAAGUGUAGAUCAUGAUAUUUUGAAAAAUCGAACACAAAGAAUAAAUUCCGAUUCUGAUCUUAAUGAUAGACUAAAGAAGGGACAAACAUCAGCCGUUGUUGACGAAUUUUUACAAAUAAAUUCGAAAUAUUCAAAGAAAAUUGAGAAGGACGUGUCUGCAGAUAAAGGCACUUUUAAAAAAAUUGAACACACUCCAGACGGGAAGCCAAAUUCCAAGCGUAAAGUUUACAAAAAUCAGAAGACAAAAGUAGCCGAUGAUUCGUUGGAUAAUACCUUAAAAUCAAAAAGCGAUUUACAAAUUUGCCAAGAACUUUCUGGACAUCAUAAUAAACGUUCGAAAUUAGAUACCGAACAAUCAGAUGACAAUUAUCAUAAUUCAAUUUUGGAAAAAUUCGACUUUAGUGAGAGUCAAAAUUCUUUGCAUGCUUUAUUGAAACACUCAAAGGAAGUGAAUGACAAAAAUUAUCAACUUCUAAGAGAUAUUACCAGCGAUUCAGAGGACAGAGGAAACAUUGAGACCUUCGAUGCACUAGAUAAAAGGGGUGAAGAAGCAAACAAUUUUUCCCAAAAGGAUAAAGUUGGUAAUUUGUCAACAAGAUCUCAAGUGAGUACAUUGACAAUUUCCCGUCACAGUUCAGGCGACAGUGAAAAGAGUUAUUCCAGAUCUGUUGUUAUUCGAUCACACGAUCAUCGUAUUAAAACGUCCAAGAAACUCGAACAAAUUUUAAAUGCACGUGAAGCUGCACUCGCUUCGCGCAGAAGUUGCGUUGAAGAGUGGAUCGCCUGGCACACUAGACUUCGUGAAGAAGAAAGUCGCGUGGCACGCAUGGAACAAGCUGCCUAUAAACUUGUUAAUGCAACUUCAAAAGCACUUUUUUAUCAUGAUACUAGCGUUUCAUCCGAGGCUAGUGAUGUAGAAGGACGAAUUGAUGCUUUGGCGCAAAAGUUAGCAGAUCGUCGUGCAGAGAUGGCGAAAUUAAAGAAAGAAGCCAAAAGACAAGCGAAACAGAGGCUUCGUGCUAUGGAAGUCAGUUUACUCAAUCAAAUUAAGAAAUACGAUGCAACUAUCCAUGAAAUGCGCAAAACAUUAGAAACGAAGAAGGAGAGUAUGAAAAAUUGUGAAAAAAUGCCAAUUGAAUCAAAAUCAGUUUCCGACUUUAGAGUACCGAAAAUUCCCAUUAAAAAGAUUCAUGACAUUUGUAAAAGCAGUGAUUUAUUGCCGCAACCGGAAUCUGAAGAAGAUAUUCAAGAUAAAAUUGCUCAAAGUACGAAAUUAUUGAGAAACCGUUUAAAUGACCACGAGAUCACGAAGCAUUCAAAUUUUCCCAUCAGUAACGAAUUGAAUCAACGAACUCUCGAGGAAAUUGAAAAUCUAAAAUCAUUCAAUGAAGACACAAAUAAAUCUUGUCAAUCUAGGAGUGAAUUUAAUUCUUCAUCACGCAGGAGUAAUCAACACUUAGAUCAUUCAAAAAAUCAUUCACAUCUUCAAGUUACAAAUAGUUCCGAGUCUAAAAAUAAUUCACACAAUAUUGUAGAAAAAUCAACAACAAAAGAAAAUCAAUUAAGUAACACAGAGAAAGACAAAUAUUUGGAUUCAGUGGCAUAUUCCAUUGAAAAUGAAAUACCAACAAAUUCUUCGGAAAAUAUUUCUUUAUCAUUUUCGAAAAAAUUGGAUUCCUUGGGAGCAAAUGGAAAAAAUUUAAAUGACGAUAUAAGUGUUCUGGAAAGUGAUCUUAAAACACUUUCAGAAAUGAUGCUUCAGAUUAGUAGCAAAAAGUCAAUUAAUAAAUUAACAACCCUCAAUCAGAGUGAAAAUACAUGCAGCCAGAAGCAAUCUUUUCAAGAACCAAAUUUUGAAUUGAAUAAAAAUUUAUCUGUAUCUCUAUUAACAAAAACCGAUGUUAUUGAUGACGCUGACAGUAUUAAUGAAGUUGACGAUAUUAUUUCCAAUGAUGAUAAAAUAGAUGAAAGUUUCGAGGACAAGUUAUCGAAAAAAAUUGACUUUAAAGCAAAGAGUAAAGAGAUACUAAAUGAAAUUGAGAAAUCGAUAAUAUGCGAUCAUAUGAAAACUUUAGAAAUUCAAGCUCAUCAAACUUUUGAAGAAGGCUUAGACAAUCUACAAAAGAAAAGCAAAAUUUUGUCAAGUGAUUUACUUUCAUUGGAGGAUGAUACGAAAUCAAUUUCGGAAAUUUUAUCAGAAACUGCUGAAAGUAAAAGUGUGUCUGAAAAUACAAGUGCCAUGUACGAUAAUGAAAUAUCAAAGUUUUUGAAAGAACAUUCGAAUAAUUCGGAAAAUAAAUUUAUCGAAAAUAAUGAAACAUUAAUAUUUAAUAAACUUCAAAAUACAAGUGAAAAUUUAGAAAAUUUACCAAGAAGCCAAUGUGUGAAAAAUAAUGGCAACUGUCAAGAAAUUCAAGAAAAAAGUAACACAGAAGAGUAUACAGCGAUAUUGGAGAAUUCAGAAGAAAAUAAAUUAAGUGAGAAAUCGACGAAAACCACAUACGAAUCGAAAGUUUCGUCUCCAGAAUUUAGCGACGUUGAAAGUUGUGUUGAUUUCAUUAAAGAAAAAGAUUCACCAAUUUUUGAUUCACUUGAAUUUUCAAGUCCAUUUAGAGACGAACAAAUAAUUCCUUCUCGAGAAAUCGAAAAAUCACAAUCUGAAGAAGAAAUACCAAAUGUCGAAGAUCAAUCAAAGAGCGUGGAGAAAAUAGAAUCUGAUUCAUUAUUAAAUUUUGGAGACAAAUUAAUAAAUGUCGAAAAAAUUACAUCUAAUUCGGAAAAAGAAGUAAUUAGCGAGAUUCUAAACUCAAACGAAACUGUAAGUACAAAUGGUUCGAAUGAUUUGGAAUUAAAUUCGGAACAAAAUUUAGAACAAUCACCAAACGAUGAAACGUGGUUCAUUGAAAAGAAUUCUGAUAUACUGAGUUCAACAAAAAAGGAUGAAUUUUCACCUUCCAUUCCAAUGAAAUCAAACCUAAGCUCAAACCGCAUUCUCGACACCACACAGACUGCGAAAUCAUCCCUUUUAACAAAUAUUCCAUUACCUGAAGUGGAAGACGACAUGGGAGAGUCGAUACAAAAAUUAUUCUCACCUAAAAUUUCAGUUACAGUGGAACCACAAAUUCUACAAGUCAACAAUAUUUUAACAAAUGAUUUCGAAAUUAGGGAAUAUUCAGAAUCGACAGAGGAGCAAUAUAGUUCAGAAGGUGAGCAAUUAGACAAUUUAGUAGAAAUAGCUGAAGGUAAAUUAGAAACAUUAGAGAAAUCUCAUGAAAAUUCAAGUUCAAAAUCGGAGAAUUGUGAAAAUCCUAUGAAAACGUUUACAAUUUUAGAGGAGAAUCUUAAUAUUUCACAAACAGAUGAAAAUGAUUUAAACGAUUCUCAAAAAUCAGAGGAUGAGAGGUAUACUCUUGGAAAAGUUAACGAAAUACAAUCAUUUAUUGAGCAAGAUGAUAAAGAUGAAAGGAUUGAUGAUCGUCAAACUUGUGUUGAUGAAUAUUAUGUAGAUGAAAAGCAUACAAGUGAUGAUUCUUCAGAAUCUAGUGAAGAAGAUACGAACAAAGAUACAUCUGAGCCUAUAAUUACCUCACCAAGAGACAAGGAUGACUCAAGAUUGGAAAUCGAUAGUUUAAACGAUGAUUUGUUAAGCAGCAUUUCGAUUCAUCAAAAUUUGGAAUCCAAAGGGGACUAUCAAGUAACGCCUAUUGUCACAAAUGCAGAGAAGGAAAUUAUGGCAACGAUAGACAAAUUGAAAGCAUCUCUUAAGCAACCUGGUCUGGAAGUUUCAGAAUUGGAUGCUACCCUUCUGAGAAUAGAACAACUUCAAAUUGAACUUGAGAUAAAAAAAUUAGAAGCUGAAGAAGUAUCUUACUACGUGAGAGAAAUUCCAAACAAACCACCACCUCCUUACACUCCUCCUAGUAGUGGUAAACUUUCCACUUCUCAGAGUUCUCCAUCACCACCACCGGCAGUUAUUCCUACAAAUGUAGACGAUCUCACGGUGUUUAUAGAAAGAGCAACAUCUAUUAUAUUUAAAGCAAAAGAGGAUGGUGAGAACAUCAUGAGCUUAGAAGCCCCACCUGAAAUAUGGGAGUUGAGAAAAGACAAUGAUUCUUUAAAAAAAGAUAGGAGAAUUUACAAUACAUUUCUUUUCGACCUCUGCAAAGAGACAAUUGCCGAAGUUUUUUGCGUGAACGACGAUAAGCCUGGUCCAAGUUGGACACGACCAAAUGUUAAAACAAAAACAGCCAUCAAAGUUCCAAAGAGUCUGGAAGAAUUGACAGAUUAUGUGAAUAAGGAAGUUGCCACACUUUUUGGUUUCAAGACAAAGUUGCAACGUGAAAAUAUGGUGAUGCGGUGGAGUCGAAAACGUAGAGACAGAGUUGAUGAAUUACUUGCGAGGGAGGCACAAGCUGAAGAAGAGGAAUGGACUAAAUUUCAUUACGAUGAGUUAGCAGUUAAAAAUGAGCUUACAGUAGCGAUAUUAGACAGUAUCAUAUUAGAAACAGUGAAUGUGGUUAAGACUGCCUUCACCAAGAAGCGUAAACUUAAAGUAUAGCCGUUCUUGCGGUACAACAGUAUUUUCUCAAAAAAAGCAACAUCAUUUUAAAAAAAGAAGCAGAAUUUUCGUUAAACAUUUUUAACGUAACUUACAGAAUAAACGCUCAGACAAGUGUACAAAAAUAACGGUUUCUAGAUAAAUAUCGUUUAUUCAAUUUUGUUAGUUAAUUUUACAGUAAUAUUUAUAACUUGACUAUUAUUUAUUGUUAAAAAAGUACUUUAUUUUCUUAAACUGAAAUAAUUUUAUUACAGUACUGAAACAUUUCAGGGUUUUCUUUAUCUCUUAAUUAUUAAUUAGUAAUUAAUUAUUAAUUAAUAGUACUGUUAACUAUUUAAGUAGUUAUAGCUUUAGAUUUAAAUAAUGUUAAGUGUGAUUUUUAAUUAAUUUUUGUUUUAUUUUUAUUCUUGUCGUAAGUACUUACAGUAGCAAUGUAUGCAAAAAUUAUUCAGAGACACAUUUCAUUAAAGGCAACAGUAAUUACACUGGAACGUUGAUUAUAUCUGACAAUUUAGACGUGUGCAUUUAUAAUUAGAGAAUUGUCAUUUUUAAAUGUUGUUAACAAAGACACACGUAAAGUAUUAUACAUCAUUGGGAACUAUUUAUGUUAAAUUUAUUUUAUCUUAACGUUAUAUGUAUAUAUAGAGUUGUUUUAGAUAGUAAUUAUUUUAAACAUUUUAUUACUUAACCACCAGAGUAAAAUAUUUUAAUUAUUUGCUGCACGAUAUUUAUUAUUGUUUAAUAUUAAUUUUCGAAAUAUCAAGUAACCCAAUAUAUCCGUAAACGUGCGGCAAAUUUGCAGUGCAAGCUUGCUGAAUUAGUUUGCAGGGCAACCUUGGAACAAGAUUACAUGCCAUGCAAGCUUGCGCUGCACUCACAUAGCAUCGAAAGUCUCCUAAAAAAUAAAAUUUGAUUACACUGUGACAUUUGGAGUCUUUAGUUGCAAAGCUAAUGAAAACUUGUGUAAUAAUUAAAAUGACCGUCGUGAGAAAACGUUAUAAGCGAACGUGGACUGAAGAUUAAAAAGAAACUUCUGGACGUUUUAACUAGAAAUAUAAACAGGCAAUAAAAGAAUAAAACUAAUUAAUUGAAAACUAUUGAAUAAUUUAAAAACUUAAAAGUUAACAAGACAGACUUAAAUAUAAAUAUGUAUAUUUUUUUGGAAUUAUUACAUAUGUUCUUAUACUAUCACGGAAUUAAAAUUGCUAAACUUAUGUUCACGACUAACUUCACUUUCUGUCAAUUCUUAUUUUUACAAAAAAUUACUUAUUUGUUUUCUGUUUUUAAUAAAUUUGUCGAGCUCCGUAGAGUGGUACCUAAGAAGCUAAUCAUUUUAAGGUUAUGUUUAAGAUAUUUUACCUUAAUUAUAACUUUUUGUCUAAUUAUGUAAAAUAUAAGUCAUCUUUUAUUAAUUAUUUUAGAUGUAAUGAAGACAAACAUCAGUGGUUUCAAAAUUGAGAGUUGAUCUGCUUUGUUUAUUUUCAUUCCGAAAAUUACAAACAUAACCUAAAGAUUAAAGACUCCAAAAGUCGUAGUAUAACCUAUAAAAUUUUGGGAAACUUGAUGCUUUGCGGGAAAGUUUGGUCGAAAACUUAAGGUUCAAAUAGGUACAUUCGGAUUCGGUCAUUUGGAAAAUAAAGAAUUACUAAAUUUAGUCACAUACACGCUUCGGUAUAAUCAACAAUUGAGUGUAAAUUGUGCAUGAUCAGUGAAUGCAAACUGUACAUAAAUUCACGUUGUUUACUCGUUAAUUAUAAACAUGUUACAUUUCUUUCUCUGUUCUCAAUAAAACUAAUAAUGUAGUGGAAUAAACUUCUGUUACUUUUUUGUUUCGAAAUAAGUUCAUCAUAUGAGACAUUUGAAUGUGAAUAGGAUAAGAACUCCUUUAAAUUUAUAAUAUGUUGUGGUACUUAUAUUUACAUAUUUUGUUCUGAGCUUCCAGAAGCUGUGCUCAAUUGCAGUUGUUGUUAUUAUAAUACAUAAUUGUAAACAAAAUUUUAUAACCUAAAAGACUGAUAUUCGGGGCCAUUUUUCAUCCAAAUUAAUCUUGAGGACUUUCGAAUUCUAUAUAUGUAAAUGUUGAAAAUAAAUAGAAAAAAAAGAAUCGCACUUUUUCAAGUGCUGCAAAUUUUCUCGGUGAUGAUAUCAACAACGAAAUAGUAUUUUAGGUAAUUUAAGAAUUGUUCGAGUCAAUAAAAAUAUAACUGAUUAAAAUAAUACAUUAGAAAAUUCAAGACAUUGUGAAUUGUUGUAUUGAAUUAUUUGACUGGUUACCAGCUUUGCAUUUUUAUAUGAAUGUAAAUGUAUUUCAAUAACAAAAAUGGCAUUAUGACUCGAUUUACAUAUUGUUAAUUUUUCUUUUAUUAAUGUGAUGUAAAUAAAAUAGAAUUCCCGUUUAA